AUAUGGAGUGAUACGGUCGUAAACAACAUGGCGGAAAGUACCUUCUAAUAGAAGGAAAAAAUCAUGUAGACAUCGAAGGAAUAUUAACAGUUAUACAAUGGUGUAUUGAAUACAAAACAAAAUGCCAGCCGUUACUGCAAUGAGCAGGGCCUUUACGGACCCCAUGGGUCUGUCUGGCGAGAAAGGUCUGCUGAUAGACACCAUGCAACUCGUCGAGCCGAAGAAGCAACAAACGGUUCCUAAUCACCUGUUAGAAACAAAGAUCUACUCCACCGUCUCUCAGAAUGCCAUGGUACAGGCAAAACCUGCUGUGGUGCACUUCGGGGGAUACACUCUGCACAAGAAACAAGUCCAACAACUCAGUAUUGUCAAUGCCUCAACCGAAGUCAUCAGAAUGCAUAUUAUACCACCUCAAACUAAAUACUUUUAUCUGAAGUAUAAAAAAACUGAGAGAUUAGUCCCGGGCCUUACAACAGAAUGUACUAUAGAGUUCACCCCAGACGAAUGGCGUUACUACUAUGACUGCAUCCGGAUCAAUUGUCCUGGUGAGGAGAACUUGGUCAUCCCCAUACAUGCCUACCCAGUGAUGAGUACGGAUGACUUUCCACAACAGUUUAGUUUUCCCCCAGUACCUGUAGGACACAAGAUGACCAAAGUGUUUCCCCUACGAUGUGAAGCACCUAUUGACUUUGAAUUCAAUUUGACAUACAUCCAGCCACAUCCGUCGUUUUCAGUGCAACCCAUGACAGGUGUAAUACCAGCCCAUGGGGAGAGUGAAGUGUCGGUGACAUUUGCUCCGUUGGAGUUCCUUACUGCUAUGAUGAAGAUACAGUUAGUGAUAUCACAGUUCAACUCCAAACCUAUCAUCUGUAAUUUUUGUGGAACCUCACUACCAGGGAUGCUAAAGGAAAUAUCAGAGCAGGAAUAUGAAGGUGAGGAAAUUCUUGACCCACGGUCUCUAACUCCACUUGGAAGGUCACGAAAGAAAAGACAGAAAAGCAAACCGAAAAAACCUGAAGUUCAGCAGGACGUAGAGUAUGGAGGAGUGAGGUUUCCACCCCAACUAGACACACCUUAUGCUGUUGCUCAAGUUUUAAACCAAGAACCAGGCAAAUUACGAGCUAAGGACAUGCGAGAAACUGUGAUAUCUAAAAGCAAAGACAAGCCAAAAGCUGCCACACGACAGAUGAAAGAAGCAGUGUUUGAACACAGUGUACGACAGAAUGUGUAUGAGGAAAGACAGAACCAACUAAGAUGGCAGGUGAAGCUCGGUGAUGAUCAGAUCACAAACGCUGACAGAGAGAAGAUCCUGGUGGCCCGCAACGAUGCAUGGGACCAGUACAAAUAUGAACGGAGAGGUGAUCCAAUACCAGCCGAUGAAUUCAAUCGACAGGAAACUGCAACAACAUUUAAACGUACUUUCCGAGAGUCAACUACAUUGGCACCUGAUACAGCCAAAUUUGAUACCUAUACCAAUGAUCUGUGGGCCGUCCGCCAUACUGCACUUGACCGCUUUGCACAGGCCGGUCGUAGAGUCAUCCUGCAUGCUAGGGUCAACCACAAACUUAACUCACUACGGAAGAUGGUGGAGGAUUGGCGGAAGGAGAAAUUCAGUGCAGGAAUUGUGUCUCAGGAACGCAAAGAUAAGGUUGAAGAUGAGGAACAGAAAGAAAUGAUCCCUGCAAAUUUACCACUACACUACUCCAAGGUCAAACGACACCAGUUUGUCACCUACUCUACUCCUAAUGUCAAGGACGACAUGGCCCCUGAUGCCCUAGGAAAGGUACCAUUCACACCUACAAAUGUGGUGGUGAAAAGGAAAGUACCCUUUUUCCAACUGAAGGUACCCAAGCAGUACAAGAUCCAGGGUUAUAAACCUCAUGACGUACACUCGUCCUCCGGGGGAUAUGUGGCGCCGAAGUUGGCACGCCCACUGAGGACUGGGGCAGAGGAAGAAGUGAUAAGCGUACCGGAGGCCCAAGUCCCAAGCGGUGGUGCAUCACAAGUGAGGAGCAGUAUGACCUUGGACACUUCAGAUGAGAUAGCUGUACCAGAAACAAUGGAGGAAGUCAAGAUUAAGCCUGCCCCACUCAUCGCUCCGGCAUCACUAUUCCAACCUGUAGAAUACCCAUCAUUACAUAUAUUUAAUCCGUCCCCUGGGCUACAAGUUUUCCAGUCUCCCAUGCCGUAUGCUGAGGUUGACUCAGACUUCCAUCUGUGUCCGUUGCCGAGAUACUUCAGGGCAGAUCAUGCCUCAAACCCACAUGCUGCCACACAGAGGAAAUACCUAGAUAGGGAGGAUGUAAUUCGUGGGAUCAUGGCAUGGAAAAAGUUUCCGUCUCAAGGACUAACAUCACUGACCAACACCCUCACAUUGACCAAUGUCUGGGUCCCAAGAUGGGAUGAUCCAUUUGGAGGUGAAAUGUUACCAGCCUCAGUUCCAGCACUUCUCGACUCAUUACCGGAGGAUGACAAGAAAAAUAUUGAAGAAGAGGAAGCCGAUGAGGACUCGACACCUCCAACAGGUGUGAUACUAACUCCAGGCAUGGUUAAUGCCCAGUUCCCAGUGCUUGAUCCCAAUGGACCGUCAGAUGAAAAAAUGUCAGCGGACUCUUUCCCGUAUGGAAACAAAUUACCAACAACCAACAUUCCUGUUUCCAGCAAUGGUCCAGUUCCAAGAGAGAAGAGGGAACAGGAGAUGGAAUACUUCAUGACCAAAAAAUACAAUCGCCUCGGAGCCAAAAUACAGGCAAGAACCACAGCUCUGAACCUCCAAGUGACAGACCCUAAAAUCCUGCUGCAGUGAAGGCAGCCAAGCAGUCGGGUUAAUAUGAACAAUAAUGGUCUGGUCAUACAGUAAUGGUGGCAUACAGUAAUGUGUGUCAUACAGGAGCAGUGUGGUCAUACACAAAGUGAUUUACUGAUUCAAGCAAAGCUGCUUAUAAACUGUGAUAUUUUACAAAGGAAGACAAUUUUUUAAUUCACUUUUAUAACUCAUGAAUCUGCAAAGCACCAAAUAUAAAGUAAGGCAUUAUCAUCCCACUCACAUUGCCAAGUGCUUCAUUUGAUAUUUCCAUAGUGUUUUUCACUAGUAAGGCAUUGGGAGUUUAAGGGAAAAGUCUGCAGGAGAUUUAGUAGAAACCCAAUAGUGUAUCCCCUAUAAUUUGCUUUGGACAACCUCUUAAAAAAAAUCAAAUCUCUGGGUUGAUAAAUUUAAACAACUUCUAAAAGUGUGACAAAAUUUGCCUGUUGGGUGUUAAAUGAAGAUAUGUCAGGUUUGUCCAGGACGACCUUGACCUACUUUCAAGGUAACAGGGUGACCAUCUGUACAGCUUGUAUAGACAUUAUAAUCUUAGGGGAUACGUGGCUGGUGGUAUUGCAUGCUGGGGUGAAGGAGUUUUGACUAUUGGAUAAAUCAUGUUGAUCCACAUUCAGGUCCCAGGGGUCACAAAAAAUUGAAAUCUAAAAUAACAUUCAUUUUUAUAGGUCGGAGGUCUAGGAGAUAGGAAGAAAAUAUUUGGCUUACAGUAUGCUUAAAGCAGGUCAUAUUGUUACAAUAUCGUAGAUGAACUUUAAAAAAAAUCUGUCUUCUUAUUAAGUUUCUUGUCUAUGUUGUUCUGUUGUGUUUGAUGUAAAACAAAGAGAAACAAAAGCCUUUUGUAUAUAUAACAUUAAAUUAUAUUGUACUAUUGUGAACAUAAAUUGCACUGUAAAUUGAGUGAAUUUGUACUAUUAAAAGUCAUUUUCAUAUAAA